UAUUCAUUAAUAAAUUAAAAGGCCAGUAAUAGAAAAUGCAAUUUUAGUUUUAAGAAAAUGCAAGUAACAAAAGUUUAAUUACUAUUGAUGACUGACUAAGACAAACCUCCAGGGCCCUGUUUAAGAAAGCAGGAAAAACAAGUUCUGAGUAUUAGAUUGAUACUCUGAAUAAACCUGCCAAGCUCUGUUGUACUCAGGGUUUUAGUCUCUGAAAAGGAGAUUUCAACUGGGUAACUCGAUUCUGGAUCAAGUCACCUCUAAAUUAAGCAUGAAUGCGAGUAGAGACAAAGCGUUGAUCAAUGAUAACAUGAUUCACCAUGGCAACGGGACAAAAAAAUAAGCCUGAAAGAGUGAAUUUCUCGUCAAUAGACUUAAGGGCAUCAAAACAUACUUAACAAAAAGUGCUAAAAAAAAAGUAUACAAACAGCAGUACUGUUGAUUCUGCAAAAUAGUGAGAGUUAGCAUGACACACAGAGUUAUAUUACCAGCAGAGGGUUAGUUUCAUUAUUGAUGCUACACUUUAUUUUAUUUGUGGAUUAACUACAUGGGCUGUCAGGGACCUGGGGUGUCCUCCAUGUGUUUAGUGCUUUCUUACAAGUUUCCACCAGAGGGGGCAAUAUCCACAUGGAUCUCCACAGGUGUGCCUUUGUGCAUAUUCAGAUCAUCGGUGAUCAUCAACAGAAUAUCAGGACUUGGCUUCCAAUUCCUCGUGUCUGAGUGAUGAGCCUCGUGGUAAAACCUAAGUCCCUUGCAGCCUCUUGUGAUCUUUCUGACUCAUUUUGAAGUCUUGCUGAUUCUGUUUUUUCAGGAGCCAUCCCUGCUGGCUUCCCUUGAGCUUCUGAUUAUCUCCUCAUGUGGAAACCUUCCCUGAGUGAAUCUCUGGAACCCACCACCAGUGAAACAAUUACCUUCCAGAUAUUCUGCUCCACAGCUCGCAACAUUCAAGCUCCUGAGACCUGCUUCCUCUGUGCAACCUGUCCCAAUAAACAUCGGCAUCCUUCAGACACACUUCACUCAUGGUUCUCACCCUGCAUUCCCUCACUCGCUCCACUGGCUCUCAUCAUCUGCAGUCCAAGGUCUGCGACUGUAAGCUGAGACAUUUGUGAUGCCCUCACGCUGCCGGAGUUAUGUAGUCUGGGGGACAACGAGCUGGGGCCGUCAGGAGAGGAGCUGUGUCAAAGUUGUGCACAAAUAACCAUUUGACAUUAAAAAGUCUGAACACAGCUCAUUCUUUCACUGACGCCAUCAGAUUCCUGAGCCACAACAGCUUUGAAGAGUUUCUGGAUCUUCUCCAGACCUCACAUUCUGUAAAUGUUAUCCAGAUACUAUAUCCUCAUCUUCUGACAGAUCAUCACUGAAAUUAAUAAAAGAUAACAACAUGGAUAUUGGUUUGAUCAGCGUAGGAUGCCCUACAGUCCGCCGAUUGAAAACUAAGAAACAGCCAUUUGGAACGCUGACCAGAGUGACUGUAGGAGAAAAAGAUGUGAAGAAGAUAAAUAAAACCAUAUUACUUGUUGGAGAAGCUGGGACAGGAAAAUCUGCUCUGAUCAAUGCUCUGGUUAAUUACACCAUGGGAGUGAGGUUUGAGGAUGAAGUCUGGUUUCAGGUUGUGGAGGAAGAGGAGAAUGGCCAAACAUCAGAUGUGAUUGUGUAUGACAUCUUUAAUUUUAAAGAUAAACCUCUGCCCUACUCUCUGACCAUCAUUGAUACUCCUGGAUGUGGAAGCCAUAGAGGGAUGGACCGUGAUGUGACUGUAAGUCAGAGACUGUUUGACUUAUUUCGAUCAGAAGAUGGAGUUCAUGAGAUCCAUGCAGUGGCAAUGGUGAUGAAGGCUACUGAGAAUCAGUUUAGUGAUUCUCUGAGUUACAUAUUUGAGUCAAUGAUCCCUCUUUUUGGGAAAGGCCUUCAAAACAUCACUGUGGCUCUGAUCACACACUCAGAUGGAACGAUACCUAAGGUUGCUCUUCAAGCCCUUAAAGAUGCAGAGACUCCAUGUGUAAAAGACAUGAACAGCCAGCCUAUUCACUUUACAUUCAAUAACUGUCAGAAUGAGUCUCGAACAGAGGAAACUAGCUUAGAUCUGGAAAAAGCAUGGAGAGUGACAGAGGCAGGGAUGAGUCAGUUCAUGUUUUUUCUUAAAAAGGCUUCACCUCAGCAGCUGCAGGUGAAGUUUGGGUUUAAGUCACAAAUCAGACUUGCAGCCUCUAUCCAAAAUCUAGAGGAGAAAAUCAAGCUAAAUGAACUGAAGCAGAAAGAAAAUAGGCAGCUUCAAGAAGCUCUGAAGAAACUCAAACAGAAUAAAAAUGAAAACAUUAUCGAAGUAGACGAAGUCUGCAUUGAACAAGAAUCUAUUGGUGGUGAGAUGUCCUUCUUAAAAUCAGCUGUCUGCUGCACCGUCUGUAAGGAGAACUGCCACUAUCCAGGAUGUACGAUGGCCCUGAGCCCUGAAGAGUGUGAGGUCAUGCAUUAUAGCCACUGCACUGUUUGCACUGGUAAAUGUCCUGUAUCAACACAUGUUAAAGCCAACUGGAGGUAUGUGGCCAAGACAAAAAAGGUGCAGAAAACCAAAGAGGAAUAUAAAAAGAUGUACAAGAAAGCAUCAAAAUAUAAGAUAAAGCUUCUUGAGAUUCUGGAAAAGGAGAUUGAAAGUCUAAAAUCAGAGAAGACACAAUUCAUAGAAAACUCCUUCAAAAAAGUUGUAAGCUUGGAUCAGACUGUGCUUAAAGUUUGCUCCAUUUCCACCAACAUAAGUUUGGACUUCCUGAUUGAGAAGAUGGAAGAAAAAGGAGACUCAGAGAAGCAACAGAAACUGCAGGAGGUGGACCAGCAGAUGGAUGAAGGGGUCAAAGCCUUGCUCAACUGCAACAACAACUCUCCACAAGAAAUCUUUCCCAGCAGAGACCUGAUUCGUUCUGGAUCCCCUGAAGUCUACCAGCUCAAAACAAAGAAAAAAAUCUUUGGAACCCUGACCAGCCUGACUGUAGGGACAAAAAACCGCAACAAACCAAAUAAAACCAUCCUGCUUGUUGGUGAAACAGGAGCAGGGAAAUCUACUCUGAUAAACGCCCUGGUCAACUACGCCAUGGGAGUGACAUUUGAAGAUAAAGUCUGGUUUCAGAUAGUAGAAGAUGAGAACAGAAGUCAGACAGAAAGCCAGACAUCAGAUGUGAUUGUGUACCAGCUCUUUGGUUUUGAAGGUAAAACUCUGCCCUACUCUCUGACCAUCAUCGAUACUCCUGGAUAUGGAGACACUAGAGGGAUUGAACAUGAUGUCAUUGUCAGUGAAAGAUUAUUUGAAUUGUUUCGAUCAGAAAAUGGUAUUCACGAACUUCAUGCGGUGGGUCUGGUGGUGAAGUCGAGCGUGAAUCGUCUGAGUGACCGACUGAAGUACAUCUUUGAUUCAGUGAUGUCUCUUUUUGGAAAAGACAUUGAGAAAAACAUUGUAGCUCUGGUCACUCACUCCAAUGGAAGAAGACCAAAGGACUUGCUUCAAGCUCUCAAUGCUGCCAAGAUUAAAUGUGCCAGAGAUGAGAAGAAGCAACCUGUUUACUUCCUUUUCAAUAACUGCCAACACGAAGAACGAAUAGAGGAAGAGCAUCAUAAAAAUGCUGAUAAAAUAGCAAUGGGAGGUCUGAGUGGCUUUACUGCCUUUCUGGAAAAAACUGCACCCCGAAAACUAGACAUGACUUUAGAUGUUCUCAAUGAACGGAUCAGAUUGUCCGCCUGCAUCCAGAACCUGCAGGAAAGAAUCCGUCUGUCUGAGCUGAAAGAGGCAGAAACUAAACAGAUUAAAGAAGCUCUGGAGAUACAUGAAAAUAACAAAACUAAUGAGAAGGUCACUGUAGAAUUUGAUGAAGCCUACAAAGGCAAAGAAGCCAUCGAAGGAGACAUUUGGCUGAUGAUUUUAGUAAAAGGGGCAGUAUGUUGUACGAUCUGUGAGGAGAACUGUCACUAUCCUGGAUGUUCAAGCUCUAGAAAGCCCGAGGACUGUGAGGUGAUGAAAGAUGGCCGGUGCACUGUGUGUACUUUAAAGUGUCCUGCAUCUGCUCAUGUGAAAGGGAAGUGGAGAUAUGUUAACAAGACAAAAAGGGUUCAGAGAAGCCUGGAUGAGAUUAAAAGAAAAUCAAAACAAGAAAAAGGUUUGAAUUUUUUGGGUAAUCUUGAGGAAGACUUGAAAAAGCUGAAAGCAGAAAAGUCGCAGCUGCUGGAAGAAGCUCUCCAACAUAUUGACAAUUUGGGGCAGAUUGCUUUGAAAGUUAAUUCAGUGUCCACAUUUGUCCCAUAUGACUUUUUGAUUGAAAAGCUGGAUGAAAGAGGAGAAGCCAAUAAAAUUCGGAAACUGGAGGAGAUGAAAAACAAAGAGGAUGAAGGAACCAGAACAAUCGUUCUGUCUAUGUGGGGUAAAUUGAAAGCAGCUACCAAAAAAAUUCAAAAGGGCUUCAAGUAGCAAAUCUGGUAUCAGCUAAAUGGGAUCCUUUAAGAGUGCAUCUUUGAAUUAAUGCACUUGUUGCUUGGAUGAAUGCCCGGGAUCAAUUUCUCAUUUCAUAUCAAUUGUUUGUCAUGUAAGCUGUGUUACAUACUUUUAAAUAGACUUCAGUUUAAACACAUGCAGGCACAUAAAACACAGGUCUACACAUUCCUAAUGUUAAAUUCUCAGUGCAAUACCACAAGAAAAUAAAAAAUGCCAAUGCCAUCAGAAUAACAAACCACUGUUGACAUGAGGUACCAGCCAAUGCAAAGCAAGGUCGGGUUUCAGAAUUGAUCAUUUUCCAAUUUCCUUCCAUUGAACUAAAUCUUACCCUGUUCAUAAACCAAACAAAAGAUUUAUGUUAACAACAUAAAGGUAUCUGUUUAAAAAAAUCAUUUUUGUUUCUCUUUAUUUAGGUUUCUAUUAAUACAAAAUAAGACAUCAAAUAAUUUAAAAAAAACCUUUAUGAAAAUCCAAAAUACUAAAAAACAUCCCACUUGUCCUUACGCUCCCACUGUAACUUCCUUAACAUGUUCAUUAUAGCACAUGAGCUUUAGCAAUGUAAUUACAUGACUGAUCUGCUUUCCAUACUCGAUUAUAUGUUUAGUGUCCUUGCAAUUUAUCAUAAUUUGAUGACAAUUCACAAACAGCUGGAGAAGCACAGUUUUGUAUUCUUCUGGCUGAGUUUGAUGAUUAUAUUACAUAUGAUGUAAAUGUUCAUAUGAUUGUAUUGCCUCAUAACAUCAGCACCAUGAUAAUGGUUUUGAGUACAUGGACUGUUGUACUCUUCUUGACUUUCAACUGUUUUGUUACAAAAUACAUUAUGGUUUUUACUUAUAUUUAAUACUUCAAUUUCCUAAUAAACUAUUAUUCUUAGAGAUGCAUUGGAAUCAUAAGUCAUUAUUAGAUCUUUGUAUGUUUGACAUUAUGUUCCAAUUUUACUAUAUUUUCUUCUAUUUGUAAUCAUUUGAUGUAAAUUCUGUGAAACAUGAAUGGAAAUCUGAUUAAUAAAUUUCUGAGAAAAGCUUU